AUGGGAUUGGAAUCUACAAUGCCACCAUAUGAGAUCAUUGAAUACAAACUACAAAAUGUAACAACAAUAGUUGGUUGCAUAACAAUCGCCAAUUCCGGAUUCACAUCUCUUGCCCUUUUAUCAAAUUUGGAAACGCUACAGUACUCUCAAACUGGAAAUUCAUCCAGUUGUUCAUCCUAUGGAAAUAUAAUAACAAUUGCAAAAAAUAGUCUGCUGCGUAGGUUGUACUUCACAAGUUUGAAGAAGGUUAUUGUAACCAAAAAGUCAGAGUAUGGCAUUUAUUUGGUUGAUAAUCCGUCAUUAUGUAUAACAGAAGAAGAAUUGGAACACUUUUUGAAAACUGAAAAGUUCUAUGCUCCUCAUAUUCAAAUUUGUGAUCCGACGAGUGGGUCUUGGAGUCUCAACUACAGUAACCCAAAAAAUUACAGAAUCUAUUGUAGACUCGACAGCUUUGAUUUCUUCGACCAAACAAACAUUGUAUCUGGAUGCCAAGUUUUGACAGAUUCCUUAGUUUUAAAUGGCACAAAAGAAUACAAUCAGACAGAAUUUCAUGACAGAUUGAAUGAUAUCGAACAAAUUUUGGGAUCCAUUAUUGUUUUUCAAUCGGAUAUUGUCGCUUUGAAAUUCCCGAAUCUUUGGAGGAUUUAUAAUUUUCAGCCAACUCUUCCGGUCAUCUUCCUCCAGGAUAAUCCAAAUUUGGCGGAAAUCGAAUUUUCAAAUCUUUCCUCUAUUCCAUAUUUUGGCAAAUAUCCAGAUGUUCUUUAUACGUUUUCCAAUCCAUUACUCACUCAAUUACCUCUAGACACCUGCGAAAAUCUAUACAAACUUGGUCAAAUUACAAUUGGAGACGUGAAUCGCACGAGUUCAGCUCUCCCAACCCAAGAGGCCAACCAUACUACGGCAACGACUUCUGAAUUUUCAGUGGAUUCUGGGAAGGGUGGAAGUAAUGUAACUAAUUCAACCGCAUUAAGUUCUGUUGGAAAAGUUAGUUUCAUUUAUAAGGAAAUUAAAUCGAGACAUUCUUGA